AUGUCAAAGCCGUCUUGCGUGAGUCUACACGAGGCAACAGAUGAUCUGUCGGACUUAGCAGACGGAAAAGGCGAUAUGCUCGACUGGAAGAUGCGUCAAGCAUUUUUCAAUGAUCUGAACAAGGAAACGUACGGAGCAUCCUAUGCUGGAGACGAUAUCAACAAGAUACCAUCGGAUUACUCGUGCGACGACCUCGAGAAUCUGAACUUCCUUUUGCCUAACGCUGGCGAAGCUGACGAUAGGCAUUUGGAAUCCGAUGGAACUGCCACCAGAAUUCUACAUGCGCCUCUCGUGGACGCCGGUAUCGUCUAUAGUGACCGAUUGGGUCUUGCGCAAUACGGUUUGCUCGGCACGCAUGACGAAGUGGGAAACUCCAAGUCCAAGCUUCUUUUGAACACCAACGCUCCUUUCUCAAUGUUCCUCUGUGGUGUUCAAGGCAGCGGCAAAUCUCACACAACAUCCUGCAUCCUUGAGAAUUCACUGAUACCCUCAAGACACCUCGGAAGACUCCAGAAUCCGCUUUCUGCGAUGGUCUUCAACUACGCGCAAUUCAGCGGUGAAGGUACCGGGUUCACCGUCAGUGAAGCUGCAUUCCUGGCUUCACCCGAUCCCAGAAUUCCUGAGGGAGCGCAUGUAAAGAAAGUGCAUGUAUUGGUCUCGCCAUCCAAUUUCAUGCGGAUUUCCAAGCUCUACCUUCGACUUCCCAAUGUUCUGGUCACACCAUUCAAGUUGAAGCCAAGGGACUUGGACAUCGAUACGAUGCUGACUCUGAUGAACAUCAGCGAAUCAGACGAAACACCUCUCUAUAUGGCCCAAGUGACGCAAAUCCUCCGCGAGAUAUCUACAGCAGGAGGACCAUUCGAUUACAACGUGUUCAAGCUGCAGUUGAAAGAGAAGAACUUCAAUCCUAAACAGACUGCUAUGCUGCAGAUGCGUUUGGAUUUGCUUGAAUCGUUCCUCGACACGAAUGCUCGUAUUGUUACGCCACAUUUUGAGCCAGGAGAGAUCACAAUUAUGGAUAUGUCCUGUCCCUUUGUUGAUGCGAAUACAGCGUGCAUUUUGUUCAGGAUUGGGCUCAAGCAGUACCUACAGUCGAAGGCAAGUGCCAAAAUGAUUGUGUUGGAUGAAGCACAUAAGUACAUGCUCAAUAUACCGGGCGCAAAGGCCCUCAAGGAUACUCUCCUUCAGACCAUUCGCCUGCAGCGGCACUACGGCGCCCGCGUCGUUAUCUCAACCCAAGAACCAACACUUCUGACGGAUCUCAUAGCGCUUUGUUCGGUCACAGUGAUCCACCGAUUCUCCAGCCCAGAAUGGCUUUCCGCUGUCAAACGUCAUAUACCUACUGCUGCAAAAGAAGAUGAUGACUUGAUGUUGAGAAUUGAGAGUUUGACGACAGGACAAGCGAUCUUGUACUCGCCAACAGCAGUGUUUGAGCGCGGAGUUGGUGGAGAGUUGGUCACAGGCACAAGCAAGCUGUUCAAUGUCAGCAUUAGGAAGAGGCUCACGAGCGAUGGGGGACAGUCUGUGUUGGCAGUCUAG